UGAUGUGUUCUUGCUUGCCUGCUCUCUUCAGCUCCAUUUCUAGAUGUUUGUUGCAUUUUGAAAGGCUAACUGUUAAAGAAUCAAGAAGAGCAUACGACCAGAUCUCUUUCUCUUUCGUUUGAGAAAAAAGUUUGAAUCUUUGAUACAGUGACAGCGAAUUUGUCAUCUGGGUUUUUCGAGUUGGAGAAUUUUAUGACGUGGGUGAAGAGCAUUUCUGUGAAUUUGUUCCUUUUCGAACAAGAUUAAAGCUGAGGUUUGAAAGCAAAUGGUGGGGUUUGGCUUGAUAGGGUUCUGAUUCUGUUCUAUAAUCUCUGGAACAUACUUUUUUCUUCUUAUGUUGGGUGUUUUCUUUUGGGAUUUGGAGAAGACGAUAUAUAAAUACGGUGAAAUAAAAUCAUUGCCAAAUGGCUUAUGUUCGUGUUUGUUGAUGCUUCUGUACAAAAUUUAAAGAUUCUUGAAGCAUGGAGAAGAGAUUAUGGGUGUUUGAGACGUUGGGAUUAGGGGUUUUGUGUCUUUUAACAUGGCUGAAUGUUUCCUAUGCAACUCUUUCUCCUUCUGGUGUCAAUUAUGAAGUUGUAGCUUUAAUGGCUAUAAAAGAUGAUUUGAAGGACCCAAGAAAUGUUAUGGACAAUUGGGAUUUAUCUUCUGUAGAUCCUUGUAGUUGGAGGAUGGUUACUUGCACCCUUGAUCGCUCUGUUUCUGCUCUAGGGCUGCCGAGUCAAAACUUGUCCGGGACUUUAUCAUCUGCGAUUGGAAAUCUUAGUAACUUGCAAUCUGUCACGCUACAGAAUAAUGCAAUCUUUGGGCCGAUCACCGCUGCAAUUGGGAAGCUGCAGAAGCUUCAAACUCUUGAUCUUUCAGGAAACAUAUUCAGCGGUCAGCUUCCUAGUUCUUUAGGGGAUCUCAAGAACCUUAACUUUUUGCGUCUGAACAACAACAGUCUUACCGGCACAGUUCCUGAAUCGUUAUCUGAAGUUGGAGGCCUCACUCUUGUGGAUGUGUCGUAUAACAAUCUCAGUGGUCCAUUGCCAAAACUAUCAGCAAGAACAUUUAGAAUCAUAGGCAACCCUUUACUUUGUGACCAGAAUUCUGCAAAUAAUUGUUCAAAUAUUUAUCCCGAGCCUCUCUCUUUCGCUCCAGAUGGUUUCACAGACCAACCAUCGUCGACUGACAAAACUCACCAUUUGGCUGUGGCUCUUGGGACAAGUUUCGGUGCUGCUUUCUUAGUAAUCCUAGUGGUCGCGAUGCUCAUAUGGUGGCGAUACAGGAAAAAUCAACAGAUAUUCUUUGAUGUCAAUGCAGAUCAAUAUGAACCCGAGGUAUGUUUGGGCCAUUUGAAGAGGUAUACAUUUAAGGAACUUCGGGCUGCCACCGACCAUUUCAACGCGAAGAAUAUUUUAGGGAAGGGUGGAUACGGAAUUGUUUACAAAGGGGCAUUGAACGAUGGUACCACGGUGGCUGUUAAAAGAUUGAAGGACAGUAAUACCUUCGGGGGUGAAAUUCAAUUUCAAACCGAAGUCGAAACAAUAAGCUUGGCCGUUCAUCGUAAUCUUCUACGCCUUUGGGGGUUCUGCUCGACUGAAAACGAACGCCUUCUUGUCUAUCCGUUUAUGAUGAAUGGAAGUGUGGCAUCUAGAUUAAAAGCAGAGCAGAUCCAGGGGAAGCCGGUCUUGGACUGGUUGCGGAGAAAGAGUAUAGCUCUAGGAACGGCGAGGGGUUUGCUCUAUUUACACGAGCAGUGUGACCCGAAAAUCAUUCAUCGUGACGUUAAAGCAGCCAACAUUCUUUUGGACGAAGAUUUUGAGGCUGUGGUUGGUGAUUUUGGGCUGGCAAAGUUGUUAGACCACCGUGAUUCUCAUGUCACGACUGCUGUCCGUGGCACCGUGGGUCACAUUGCCCCCGAGUAUCUGUCAACCGGCCAAUCAUCGGAAAAGACGGAUGUCUUCGGUUUCGGGAUCCUGCUUCUUGAACUAAUUACUGGACAGAAAGCUCUGGACUUUGGAAGGGCUGCCAACCAGAAAGGCGUAAUGCUAGAUUGGGUAAAGAAGCUCCAUCAAGAAGGGAAACUAAACCUAAUGGUGGAUAAAGCUCUGAAACACGAUUUUGAUCGAGUGGAGUUGCAAGAAAUGGUUCAAGUUGCACUUUUGUGUACUCAAUUCAACCCGAGUUACCGGCCAAAGAUGUCGGAAGUAUUGAGAAUGUUGGAAGGAGAAGGACUGGUCGAAAGAUGGGAAGCAUCGCAAAGCGUUGAAACCCCACGAUUUCGGGGUUUGGAAGGUAUCCCGCAGAGAUAUUCGGAUUACAUCGAAGAAUCUUCCCUUGUAGGCGAAGCAAUGGAGCUUUCAGGUCCGAGAUGACAUGAACUCAGUGUCAUAUAUAUAUGUAUCGUUUUUGUGUGGUUGUGUUGUGGAUAUAUUUGUUGAUCAAAUGCAUGUGUAGAAAAGGGAAAAGAAAGCUAGUGUUUGUUUUUGUUGGAAUCAAGUUUGUGAAAUGGGGCAAUGGUAAAUGUAUAUCUUUUUCCGUUA